CAAUGCAAGUGGAUACAGUAACAAGGAAGCCUCGUAUAUUACUAGCUGUAAGUGGGAAAGUAGCUGCAAUUAAGUUCAGUAAUCUCUGCCAUUGUUCCUCAGAAUGGGCAGAAGUGAAAGCCGUAGCUUCAAAAUCAUCUCUCAGUUUCGUGGAUAAACCUUCUCUUCCUCAAAAUGUGAUUCUCUAUACAGAUGAAGAUGAGUGGUCUGGGAAGAAAAUUGGUGAUCCCGUGCUUCAUAUCGAGCUCAGACACUGGGCUGAUGUUAUGAUCAUUGCUCCUUUGUCUGCAAACACGUCAGCCAAGAUUGCUGGUGGGUUAUGUGAUAAUCUAUUGACAUGUAUUAUAAGAGCGUGGGACUAUACCAAACCGAUGUUUGUUGCACCAUCGAUGAACACUUUAUUGUGGAACAAUCCAUUUACAGAACGGCACCUUGUGUUGCUCGAUGAGCUUGGAAUCACUCUCAUUCAGAAGAAACUGGCCUGUGAAGAUUACGGUAACGGCGCAAUAGCUGAGCCUUCUCUGAUUUAUUCCACUGUUAGACUGUUUUGGGAGUCACAUACAUGCUCAUCGACAAAGCCAUGCAACGAGUUGACUUCUAUAACUUAGCCAUUGAUUGAUUGCUCUGUUUUUCUCAAAUCAUAGAUUAUCAGUCACCUCUUUGUUUUUUAGCUUGAGGAACUCUCUGAACAAUCAAUCUAUUAGCUGAAUCUUGUGCAAAUAUGAAAUAUCUAUGAGAGGUUUUUGGAUUGG